CGGACACACAGACGAGUGUUACGGUUAAUGACAGUUUCCCCCCCCAUGUAUCACAUGUAUGCGAUUGGAUGCGUGGGCGCUGGGCGCGUCUAAUCUACCUCAGGGCCCCUCUGCCGCACGCCAGCAAGUGAGGCAAUGGCACGCAGCAAUGACGUGUUGACAGACACACACACAGACACACACAGACACACACAGACACACACACACACACACGCAGAGAGAGAGAGAGAGAGUCAGACAGUCAUGGGAUGAAUAUCGACAGCAAAACGACAGCCAGCUCCCUCAUACUACUUAUCCAAAGCGCACCCACCCACCACACCCAUCCCACCCACAAGCCAUCAGUUAUCUAUCUUAUCGUGCCUCUUCCUCCCGUCUGCCCCAUCCAAUCUAAUCCUUCUUGUUGGCCUUCUUGGGUUUGGCCUUGGCCUUGCUGCGCCCCUUCCGUGUGCUGCCCUUGAGCUCUAGCUUCAGCACCAGUGUGUUCAUGAACGAAUCAUCUACCCCGUCCCCAUCCACCUCAUGGUCACUCUCCAAAACCGUAUAGGUGGCCCCCACCCGAGCCACACACUCGACACAAAACGCAGCGAGGGCGGGCUCAGGGUGCUCUGGCCCGUACCAACCGUAGUUGUGCGCACCCAUUCCCUCUUCGUCCGAGUCGACAUCCCCAACGAGGUCGUCUGUCGACAUGUCGACCGUCAGCGACACUCGUGUGGGGCGAAUCGACAGGAUGAGAGAGAGCAGAUUGCGCACGUGGUCUCUCUUGAGCCGUGCACACCCCCCAUCGACAGUGAGGCUAUUGACUUGAGGGUACGAUAGACCAGCCUCGCACUCGUGUGCGGCGUCGGCUAGCAUGUCUGCUGUCAUGUCGUCUAUCUUGACCUCUAGCUUGUCGAGGGGGUGGUGCAGACCAGAGAAGUACGAUAUGCACCGGCUCAGGUCGCUCAGAGCCGAGACGAAAAAGCUCGCCUCUCUCACACGCUUCAAACUACCCAUCAGCCCCUCCAGCUUGCGGGCAGCUGCACCCGACGGCAGGCCCUCGUGUCGGUUGCUAUUGCUACGCAACACUUGAGCGUGAAAAUGCUCAAUCGAUGGCAGACAACGGCUGUUGCCUUCCUCGUGGGCCUCGGUCGUGUCGAGGAGGAACUCGGGGAUGCUGUUGACCAUCUUGCUCGCAGGUGGUGGCCGGUAGGCGUCCUCCGCCCCGACGGCGAGGUGGGUGGCUUCCGGGAACGACAGCAGCGCUCCCCACGUCCCGUGGAGAGGCGAGCCGCCACACGACAACGCUACCUGACAGUGGAUGAAAUGGACACACAGAGACACGCACAGACACAUGUUCCAUCCUGCCAGCCACCAGUUGCUCCAGCAGUCAGCCGCGCAGCGCAGCUCAGUGUUUACUGACUGACCUUCUUGCACGUGCUGGUGACCUUUUCCACCGUCUCAGCCGUGACGCCGUGGGGUGCAGGCGGGGCCUCCGGCACCUCUGUGCUGCAGUCGAUGACAGUGUCCAUGAUCCACCCUUUGCCUUCGUCGCUGAAUGCCUCCCUGUUGUCCGCGCGCGGCAACCACUCGAUGCUGCACGCCACGCCGGGCGCCCACGUGAGCAGGUCGGGCAGGGUGAAAUGGUUGGGGCCGCUGCGGUCCGUCAGCUGUCGGCUGAAGUCGGCGCCGAGGGUGAAGCGGUGGUUGAAGGUCAGGGUCUUGGGCACACCUGACGUGUCAUGCAUCGCAGACAGAACGGGAAGGAGCACCAGAUGUGAUUGGGAAGCAUAGCUGGGCGGCGGCCGGCCAUUUGUGUCUUCUCCCUCUCCCACACCCACCCAGCUCACCCACCUUUCAUGUUAUCUUUGUUCCAGUUGGUGUCGAGGGCGGCCUUGAGCAGCCCGAGGGAGUCGUACACGGGCGUCUUGAGCACACUGACAGACAAACAGACAGAGGGGGAAGUGGGCGUGGCGUCUGUGGAUGUAUACAAUAGACACAUACCUUAGGUCGGUACUGGUCUCGUCCUCGGACUCGUUGUAGCUGAGUCGGAUGUCCUUUGCGCUCAGGAUGGUCAGCCCCUCGAUGCUUGUGAGCUUGGGGCACUUGGCUACCGCAGCGGUGAAUGCUCGCCAGUCAGCCCCGUCCACCGUGUCGAUGUUCCAGGCCUUGACGCUCGUCAGCUGCGGCGAUGUGGACACGAUGUGUGUGAGGGACGGGAGCAGGGAGCAGGCCCUGGAGUUGUGGCGUCGGAAGCAGACUCGGCCCUUGUCAGCCUCGGCGUACACGUGGCCGACACUCAGCUUCUCCAGCGCAGAAAACACCCAACCGCUACUCCUGCAGCUCAGCCAGCCACACCCACACAGGCACACAGACAUGGCGGAUGUGGGUGGCCUGUGUGGCGUGGUCUCUCACUUACAUGAACUUAUCGAUCCACUCGUCGUUCGUGACCCGCAGCUCCUCGACGCUGUCGAAAACCACCACACUACUCGAUGCCGCCGGGCCCUUGACCUUGUCCCGUCGACCGUAUUGCCCUGUGGGGGGAUUGUCGAUGUGGAUGUGCUUGAGUGUCCACUUGGACGCCUCGAGCAAGUCGACUGUGAAGGGGAUGAGGCCUCGGGUGGCGUCGAUGUUGACCGUCUGCAGCCUACCCUGCAGCACAAACGAACGAUACACACGACCUUAAUGGUACAGUUAUGUCAGUGCGCUCUUCAUCCGGCCCUCCCCUCUCUCACCAUUCGCUUCUUGAGCUGCGGUGUGUAUUUGCCCUUGUCUUUGUCUUUGCUCGGCUUGCUCUUCGGGGACGGGGGACGGGAAGGGUCUUCAUCCGACUGCAUGAGCAACCAACGCCAUGCACGAUGCAGCCAUCCAUGACGCACUCUCCCUCCCUCCCUCCCUCCAUCCCUUUGUCUGUCCGUCUGUCCCUCCUCACCUCCUCAUCGGUGUCGCGUGCCGCUGGUUGCUUGAUGCUCUUCCAAACGCUAUGCUCGCCCUUGGUAAUGGUGAGGUCGCGGUACAUCCCCGUAGUCGUGUCGGUGGCCUUGGUGUGCAUGUCCUUGCAUAUCGCUGAGAUGGGCAGCCGCUCGAUGGUGGUGAAGAGUGGGCUCAGCUGCGAUAGGUGGACGGCCUCCAAGUCACACAAACCAGCCACCUGACACAAACCGCACACACGCAGGGGAUAUUCACCCGUGUGCGACAUGGUGUGCAUCUCUUGGUGUGGCGGUGCACCGUACCCACCUUGCGGCCGGCGGUAUCAUCAUUGCCCUCUUGCAUGCUGCCACCGUCACCAGGCGAGCGAACGUCCUCUGAGCAAACAACACAACACCAGGCAAGGAUGCAUGUGUUUUGCAGGGGCGUGGUCUGGUCCCCACCUGCCCAGCCCAGCCCACCCGCUUCGUUGUCAUGCGAUGCGGUGUGGCCUUGUUUCUUGCGCUUCUCCGCAGGCGCCGACAUCUGCGCACUUCCGCUACCAAAAGAUCCUACGAAUUCACCCAGCAGCAACGAUUUGCCCUGAGAAUGAGUCAUCACAGGUGCAGGGCUCGAGAUCAGACGCUCUGGUGGCUUUCCGUUACUUCAACGUCAAAGCCCAAGGUGCAGGGUUUGGAACCCUGCGUGAAACCGCUCUCCUGCGAUACACACCGGUGUGCCAUUCAGUUCCAUGCAGUCAGCGCACAUCUGGUGUCGAGGCUCCACCACCAGAUACUCACUCUGGUGGUGUGGUUCUACCAGAUGGUGCUCCAGAGUGACCAU